AAUCUUCGACAAGAAUCGGUAAGUUAACGUUUAGUUUUCCGUUUUCUCGCCGCGUUUGUUUGAUUACUGUUUUUUCUAUAAGUAUUUUAAUUAAUGACCUAUUUUGAGUCUAAAUACUGAUGGCUGAUCAUGUGAAAAUUUAGCAUUAGUUUUCAAGGCAUCCAACGGUUUCGCUUAUCCGUUGGUCGACCUAAAUAUCUGUUUUCCUAACUUGGUAAAGUAACUGCUUUGUUGGAGAAAAUAUUCGAGUUUAAAUAUCAAGUAUUUCUGAAUAUAAUUUCCUCUAAUAUCAAGCAAAAGAAAGAAGAAACGAUUACGCUAUACCUAAUCUGCUUAUAAGCUAUCACGUGCUAUUUAUAUAACAUAUUCUUCGACCAAUCCUGCCUAUCCGUCGUGUGUAAUUCCGCUGUAUGUUAAAACUGAAAAGGAACACAAAUGUUCACGAUCUAAAGCAGCGUGACUGGGAGUCAUGACUGAAAAAUGACCUGAAAAUAGGCCGAUUCGGGAAAAUAUAAAAUUUUCGCACCAGAGCAAUAUGUGACAGCUUCUAAUAAGGCGGUUAAUUGUAAUAAUCAAUAUUUAUGUAAAAUAUAUAUAUAAAAUAUAUAUUAAAACACACUUAUACAUAUAAAUGUUUAUGUCAAUCAAGCCAAUACAUACGUUUUUGUCAUAAAUAUAUAUAUAUAUAUAUAUAUAUAUAUAUAUAUAUAUAUAUAUAUAUAUAUAUAUGACUUCAAGUAUUUCUCUUCAAUAUUUUUAUUCUUUCUGUUAUAUUAUACAAACAUAUAUAUAUAUAUAGCGGAAUGAAGUAUUAAUAUUGCUUUUUAUGUUCGGGCGCUUACACAUGUUUAUUUAAAGGUUGUCUACGAUGGACUGAUCUAGACGAACUGCAACGCAAUUAUCCACACAUGAUGAGAUCGGCGUCCUGUUCGUUCAAAGAUCAAGUACACGAUGUUACGGCCCAGUUUGAUACGUGGAACGACUGCGAACAGACCAUCGCACUACUCAACUUACUCAAAAGGCUGAGACCUAGUCAUGCCCGCUUUCUAUGCCGAACCGUUGAACAAUCUCUUGAUAAUGAUCAUGCUUUAAUGAGAAGUGAUGCGCAGGCAAACGAUUCCAGUUAUCUGCAGGGGCUUGCCCAGCAAAUAGAUACAGCAGGAGCUUUAAGUACCGUGCUGGCCCACGUACCCCUUCUCCGCCCCGGUUCCAACGAGGCUAAGCAGAUAUAUAUUAAUCUCGUAAAACGCCUCAUGCAAUCGGCCGCUGACGCAGGACGUCAGACAGAAGAAUGCCGUCAAUUAGCCAUCUAUCUCGUCAUGCAUCCUGCUCUCACCCAGACUGAAAUUCAAGAGUUUAAUGCCUGGUAUUCAAAAUUGGAGCAACAACAGCAAGUGGCGCAGCGCGCCGCAGCGGCAGCAUCUAACGGUGGUGCAGGAAAUACUAACGGUUGGCCAUCGGCUUCGCUAAGAGACUCUGGAAUUGGGCUGAAUUGUCCAUUGGAUACUACGUGUGGCUCAACAUUAAUGAAUGCAAGACCACUCAGUUAUUCAAUCAGCGUUGGUGCAACUAAUAAUGACUCAACGCAAUGUGUUGCACCGCCGACUACGGGGGUGAAUAACCAUCUAGGAUUCGAAAAACAUCAAGUCUGCGCGACUGUAUCAAGCCCGCCUGGAUUGGGUGGAAUUUAUGAUGGUAGAUCUCAUCGUCGGUUAGCUCGAACCGAAUCGUUAGUACCCGUUAGUCUACAAUAUGAAAGGAAUGAUCGCAACAAUCACUGUCAGCUCUCACCCCAAUCUUCUGCAUCGUCUUCAAAUGGCGAUGAGCCCAGAAACUCUUUUGCAGACCCGCAAUCUGCUAUGCGAGAUGUUCCGGCUUGGCUGAAGCAGUUAAGACUGCAUAAGUAUGCAUCCCUUUUUCAGCAAAUGAAGUAUGAGGAUAUGCUGAAUAUUUCGGAAAGUUGGCUGACAGAUAAAGGUGUGACAAAGGGAGCUCGCGAUAAGAUACUUUUAAACAUAAAGAAGCUUGAAGAGAGAUCGGAGAUUUUGAGUGAAUUGGAGAAGAAGGUUAGGGAAGAAGGUAGCGUCAAAGAUGCUCUGACCGAGUUAAAGUUGAUUGUGAAUACACCGAUUAAACCCUUUGAUAGAGCUCAAGCUCUAUCAUCUGAUGAGGAUUUACCUAGUCAGAUUACUGCUGUUCUCGGAAAAGUCAGUUCACAGUUGCUUAUGAAUACUUUAGAUGAAGAGAAUUGUACUGCUUUUGAGCAACUUGUUGACAAAUUAAGUGAUCAUAAAGCUUUCACUGAGCAGCAACAAAAUCAAUUGAAAAGCUGGAAGUCCAGAGUGUCGUCUCUGAACAACAGGAAUAACUCUUUCAAGAAUUCACAGAGAUCUACAAGACCUUUUUCUUCAUUUAAUCAUUAUGCGGCCGGAGGGAAACGUGGAGCUAUUUCUACGAAAAGAGCGCAACAUUCGAGCAAGCAGCCGUUGAAGUCUAACUUGUCAGUUCCAACUGGACCACGGAUUCAGACGACUUAUCAGCAACUUUUAACAGUUGAAACUACUAGACAACAGGUGACGCGCACGCAUUCGGCGCCUGCCGAGAGAGAAACUGAACAAAACAUAAAUGCCCGCCUAGAUAUGUUGUCUGUGGAUCUGGUAGAGAAAGUUCUGGAUUGA